AACUUAACCUUUGGUAUUCUCGGAAUUGACAAAAUGUUUAGAAUAAUUUUAUUAUCAUUCUACGAGUUGUUUGGUUUUAAAACAUUCAAACAAGCCAUAAAUAAUACUGAACAUAAUUAUAGCAUCUAACAGUUAAAAUUCAUUUUGCAUGAAUUCGUAACAAAUUCCAAAUUAAGGGAAAUUGAGAAAUGUACACAUGGUGGUAAUUAGGGCUCCACGAAUACUAGAGUACUCGGGCACGGGUCGAGUUUAGCAAGGCUCGAGUCCGUUCACAGGACUCGGGUAUCCGUGCAAGGAAGAGCACUCUCAUUUAAUUAUAAUUUUACGUCAUUUUGCCAUAUGCAUUUUAGGUCUGUGAGACACAAGUAAAACAAAAGACUACGUCCAAUGUGUGGAAUGCAGUACAAUGGCAUGAUUUGGCAUCCAUGUUUAGCGCUGGAAAUCAGAUGCAUAAUGCUAUUUUACGUUAUUCCUUAGUCGCAUUGUCAUCGGGUACUCGGGUCCGGAUCCUCGGAUACUCCAGUCGGAUAUGUUGGACUCGUGGAGGCCCUAGUGGUAAUCAUACAGACACGUUGCCAAUCAAAACAAUUAUACAUAAUAAACAAUCCUGCACGGGCAGAUUUCACCCAGUAAUAAUCACACAUUGGAUGUGACUCGGCUACAAAACCGUAAACCUGAUGACGACCGUAUCUCUGCACAAUAGAGUCGAACGGGUAUUUAGGAAAAUAGUGUAUCUAUGGAAGCACAGCCACCGCGGAGGAAAUCCAUGACUAAUUGAGACUGUUUCACUACCUUCAUCUGUCAACAUCAUAGUGUAAUUGUGUAUUUGUGAAACUGAUAAAGUUGUUAUGUUCUAUUAGUAAAACGAUUCAAUCUGCUAGCCUCCAUUGUUCAAAAACAUAUUCUCUUUAAGGAAAUGGUGAUCAACGUCCACAAAACAAAAUUUACCUCCCCAAAACGUGUGACAUGGAUUGUUUUCCUCAUGGACCCUUCAUAUACUUUCUGGUUUCUUUGAUAUCAUUCCUAAAUGUUGUCACGAGAGAGCUCGGCACAGAACACAGUGACACUGGGUUGGAUGUUGGUUUCUUUGAUCUCAUUCCUAAAUGUUGUCACGAGAGAGCUCGGCACAGAACACAGUGACACUGGGUUGGAUGUUGUCACGAGAGAACUCGGCACAGAACACAGUGACACUGGGUUGGAUGUUGUCACGAGAGAGCUCGACACAGAACACAGUGACACUGGGUUGGAUGUUGUCACGAGAGAGCUCGGCACAGAACACAGUGACACUGGGUUGGAUGUUGUCACGAGAGAGCUCGACACAGAACACAGUGACACUGGAUUGGAUGUUGUCACGAGAGAGCUCGACACAGAACACAGUGACACUGGAUUGGAUGUUGGUUUCUUUGAUCUCAUUCCUAAAUGUUGUCACGAGAGAACUCGGCACAGAACACAGUGACACUGGAUUGGAUGUUGUCGCGAGAGAGCUCGGCACAGAACACAGUGA